AUGCAGCGACAGGCGGCGUCACUUGAGCAGCAGCAGGCUGUGAUGCAACAGAUGGAGGCUGCGAGAUUGGAGGAGAACAGGGCGGCUGCCCCUGUGCUUGGUCCUGAACCACGACUUGCAGUUAGGGAAUGGGGUCUAGAGGAUUUCCUGAAGCACCACCCGGCGAAGUUUGACGGGAAGACUAGUCCUGACGCCGCAGACCAAUGGCUGAAGGACCUGGAGCGCAUCUAUGAUGCCAAGAUGUGCCCUGCGGAGAACAGGCUGGCGUUCUCAGUUUAUAUGCUCACGGGGGAGGCGGAGCAUUGGUGGAGCAGCACCAGAUCCAUCUUAGAGGAGAGAGAUGACCCAGUGACAUGGGAAACUUUCAGGGAGAGAUUCCUAUCCGAGUACUUUCCUGACAGCAUCCGGUACGCCAAGGAGGGAGUUAUGAGGGAGCUACAGGACGGUGCGCAGUGCUACAUGAUCUUCACACAUAUGGAGGUGGAGAGAGGAGAAACGACGUCUGUGAUACCAGUUGUACAGGAUUUUGGGGAUGUGUUUCCAGAAGAGGUACCAGGGUUGCCUCCCAGUAGAGAGGUGGAGUUCUCCAUCGAUCUAGUCCCAGGAACAGGCCCGAUAUCGAUGGCUCCGUAUUGUAUGGCUCCAGCAGAGUUGUGUGUGGACUACAGGCAGCUGAACAAGAUGACGAUCAAGAAUAAGUAUCUGCUCCCGAGAAUUGAUGACUUGAUGGAUCAGUUACAUGGAUCAUCAGUGUUCUCGAAGAUAGAUCUGCGCUCGGGUUAUCAUCAGAUUUUGGUAAAGGCUGAUGAUGUACAGAAGACAACCUUCAGGUCGAGGUAUGGCCACUAUGAGUAUGUGGUUAUGCCGUUCGGUGUGACCAACGCCCCGGCAGUGUUCAUGGACUACAUGAACAGGAUCUUCCGACCUUUCCUAGACAAGUUUGUUGUGGUCUUCAUAGACGACAUCCUGAUCUACUCCAGGACUCAGGAGGAGCAUGCAGAACACCUUAGGUUGGUGCUUGGGGUGUUGAGAGAGAAGCAACUGUAUGCCAAGUUGUCCAAGGAGAGGCAGUUAUUGGAUGCCAGUCUGAGCAGAGUUAGGGAACAGAUUGGAUCAGAUGAGGCUAGAGAUUUUGUUUUGGGUGAGGAUGGCAUACUGAGGCGAAGGUGGAGCAUUAGAGACCCGGUGGCAUUCUACAGUCGUUGGAGGUACCAGUGUGGAAAUGGGACAGCAUCUCCAUGGACUUCGUGA